AUGGUUGUUCUCAGCGAAUUUUCUCAAGGUUCUUCACCCACUCAUGAUCAUAAUCAUACACCUUAUGAUGUAUUUCUAAGUUUUAGAGGUGAAGACACUCGUAAUAAUUUCACGGGUCACCUAUACAAAGCCCUUGAACAUGCUAAUUUCAAUACCUGUGUGGGUAUUUUCAAUAUGAAAAAUGGACGAAAUCUGGGUGAUGCAGAAGAUACGGAACCUGGAGUAUAUCUGAAACAAGAAUUAUUGGGGAGUGCAAUCAAAGCAUCUAAAGCUUCUGUUAUUGUCUUGUCCAAGAAUUAUGCUUUUUCAACAUGGUGUCUUGAUGAACUUGUGUUGAUCCUUGACCAACAUAAGAAAUCAAAACAUCUUGUUAUUCCGGUCUUUUAUCACGUUGAAGCUACACAUGUCAGGGAGCAAGAAAGUAGUUUUGGAGAUGCAAUGGAAAAACAUCAACAAAGGCUCCAAGCAGAGCCAAAUCCGGCGGAACGACGUCGUUGGAGCCAAAAGAUCGAGCGAUGGAAGAAAGCUCUUGUACAAGUUGCUAAUUUAACAAGUAAAGAUGUUAAUGGACGGCUAGAAGCAGAAUUCAUUGAAGAAAUAAUCGCUGACAUACGGCAUCAGUUAGGUUUACCUAUAAGGAGUUCUUUUCCAGACCUUAUCGGGGUGGAACAUCCGGUUCAUUUCAUCACUUCAUGGUUGCAAGAGGGAUCAACUCACUCUGCUAACAUUCUCACUAUAUAUGGUAUGGGUGGGAUUGGUAAGACAACCCUCGCGAAAUAUGUCUUCACAUUGCAGCAUAGCAUGUUCCACAGAAGCAGCUUUAUUGACGACAUUAAUAGGAAAUGUGGAAACCAGAAUGAUAAACUACUUGGUGAUCUACAUAAACAACUUUCGGAUGACGUUUCUGCUCCAACUUGGUCUAGUAGUAAUAAGGUUUUUAUAGUUCUUGAUGAUGUUGACACCGUCGACCAAUUAAAUGCCAUACGUGGAAAUAAAGACUUUCCCCCGGGAAGCAAAAUCAUAAUAACAACCAGAGAUGCAUCGCUGAAAGUGAGCAGUUAUCAAGAAUGCAACCCAACUGUUCAAGCUAAGCUUUCAACUUACGCUGUUAAAGGCUUAAACGAUGCUUCAUCGCUGAAGCUUUUACACUAUCAUGCAUUCAACACCAUUGCUCCCAAGGAAGCUUAUAAGCUGAAGGCGUCCAAAAAACUUGCCACGUUUUGUGAAGGCAAUCCAUUGGCUCUUAAAGUUUUGGGCAGGUCUCUAUGUGACCAAGAUGUGGCUGAAUGGGAGGAACGUGUCCAAGGUUUUGAAACAGACACUACUGAUUCACGUAUAGAAAAGGCCUUGCGUAUGAGCUUUGACUCACUGCCAUCACAAAAUGAUAAGGAAUUGUUUUUGCAUAUUGCUUGUUUCUUUGUCGGGAUGGACAGGGAUUAUACUGAAACAAUAUUAAAGGCAUGUGGUAUUCGCACAGUACUCGGGAUUAGGAAUCUCCUUGACAGAUGCCUUCUCACAAUUGGACCAGGGAACAAAUUGAUGAUGCAUCAAUUGCUUCAAGAUAUGGGGAGAGACGUGGUACGCCAAGAAUCAGACAAACCAUGGAAGCGUAGCCGGUUAUGGGGUCAUGAGGAGUCAUUGACUGCGCUGAAACAAAAAAAGGGUACAGGAAAGAUUAAAGGCCUCGCUCUUGACAUGAGAUUUCUAGUGAAAGAGAAGUUAAAUGGAUCCCUUGUGCUGAAAACAGACACAUUCAGUAAGAUGGAUAAUCUAAUGCUGCUACAACUCAACUAUGUGGAACUCAAAGGAUCCUACAAGAAUUUUCCUCAACAAUUAAGAUGGUUGUGUAUGCAUCAAUUCCCUUCAAAAUUUGUGCCAUCAGGGUUACCACUGGAGUAUCUGGUUGCGCUUGACCUGUCUCAUAGCAAUUUCGAAUCUUUUGACUUAUCUUAUUAUAACUUGCAACGACCUAGCAAAACAAGAAAAUUACCUGGAUUAUUCUCGAAAGACAAAGGUUUGCUUGGAUCAUUGAAGAUUCUUAAUCUAAGUUAUUGUUAUCGGCUUUGUAGUGUCUGUGGCUUUUCCCAAUUCCCUACACUUGAAAGGCUAAUCCUUAUAAGUUGCAAAAGUUUGAUUAAGAUCUCUGAAUCAAUUGGGUCAUGUAUUGAACUUGUCCUAAUUGAUUUGACCAACUGUUACAAUCUUAAGCUUCCAAGAUCCAUAAGCAAAUUAAAGAAGCUUAAAUCACUAGUACUAGAUGGUUGCAAUUCCGAUAAAUCUCAAAUGGAGGUGAGUGAUGUCAAAUCACUAAAAAUGGCCAAUGCCAAUAACAUUGAUAGUAAUAGUUUGUCCAUUGUGCAGGCUUUAUCGAGAGAUUUGAAGUUCCUUACGAUUUCUUAA